UUGUAAAGUGUUUUCCAGGAAGUGAAUGCUCCAUUAUGUGUUUAUAAGUGUUUUAUAUUCUCGGACCGAGACGAGCAGUGUGAAGUGAUCUUAUCGGACCCUGUGUGAAGAAUGGAGGCUACACAGGUGAUCUCUGACUCAUUCCUGGAGUCAGAUGAGGAAGAAAAUGAAGAGGAGGAUGAUAAUAAGAGGGGUCAGCCAUUGGCUAAACUGUGCAUCUUAAAAAACGAGCACGUCCCUGAGACAGAGUUGCCCCUCUUUUUGGGAGUUAAUGUCCUGGGCCGUGACCUUAACGCCUGCAGCCUGCACCUGCCAGCACCUUCAAUAUCCAAGCAGCACCUGACCAUCAGCAUCUCUGUCUUCAGCAGAAGAGGUCAUAGCAGUAAAGAGGAUGUAGAGGCUUUGGUUUGGGACCUCGGGAGCAUGAAUGGGACCCGCAAAGGCCGUUUAAAGCUGACGCCUAACGUACGCUAUGCCCUCAAUGAUGGUGACAGUUUGGUGGUGGCAGACAUCCCAUGUCAGUAUGUCAGCUGCACUGUAGAAGCAAUCUCUUCCCUAAAGGGCAUGAGGACUUCUGUGAGCAGAAAUACGGGUGUAAAGGCUGGUUCACCGGAUGUCUCUGGAAAAAAGGAAGAUGACAAAAGCACAGACAGCAAGAAAUGUGAAAAUGGAGACAAAAAGGCAAGAGUGGCAUCAACUGAGACUCCUGUCAGGGCCAGUUGCCUCUCCUUAGAGCAAACUCCAACCCAGCCACAGGGGACCCUGGUCCCAGAAUCUGACUUGGACUCAGAUGGAGAAAGAGACGGAGGAGGCAGAGGGCGUAAGACUUUAGUGUCUGAUUCUGACUCCCAUAAAUCUAGUCCUGCUUGUUCCACAUUCUUGAGUCCCACAAACAAAAUUGUCCCUGAAAGUGAGGAUGAAAGUCCUAUCACACCAUCCUCCUCCACUAAAAAUAGGCCAUACAGACAUGUCAGAUUCAGCAAGGAAGAGACAGAAGUAGAUGUGGCUGGACAGCGGCUGGAGGAAAAAAAGACACUUGCGAUCGUGGAUGACAGUGAAGAAGACGAAGGAGGAGAGAAAGAACACACUCUGUCUGUUCUUUCUCCGAAGUCUAAGGAAAGUGGACAACAUGUACCAGCGACACAGGAAAGAAAUGUCAGUUUUAUGGGAGAUGAUGAGUUGCCUGUCUCUACAUCAACAGUCACAAAAGAUGUGAUCGUUGUAUUAAUCAUGGACAGUGGCAAUGGUGUGGAGGGACAGGAGGAAGGGGUGGCAUCUGCAGGUCCUGUGAACUUGAACAUAAACCAAGUCAGUCAGCCACCAAACACUGCCAUCUUUCACAUGGACAGUGAUACAGAUGUCGAUGAGGAUGAAGAUGCCUUGGACAAAGUUCUUAAAACUGUGAUUUCCUGUGAUGACAGUACCAAACUUUCUCAUGUUAACUCAGUUAUUCAGCCUGAGGGAAUUACUAUGGACAGUGACACUGAUGUGGAUGACGAUGCUGCUGUGUCAGACACUGCCACAAAAGCAAAGCCCAUGUCAGUUCAGAGUGCAUCCACAGCUGACUCUGCUCCUUUAAUGCAACCAAAAGAUUUCCGCCUUGACAGUGACACAGAUGUUGACGAUGAAGACGAAAGGAAAUGUGGAACAAAUGAAUCAAGCUCUAAAAUAGACACAUUUUCCAUUAAAUUGGCCACAACUCCAGCUGGGCCUGAAUCUGCCGCUGUUGCUCCUCAUGGCCUACAUUUCGACAGUGACACAGAUGAAGAAGAGAUCCCUGCCCCUACACUCAAUGAAUCCCCAGUGGUGUUUGCUGCAGACAGAGGGGUUGCUAUUCUGUCUGACAGUGACACAGACGUGGAAGACGAUUCGCCUCAGGUUAUGUCUCAAGCUGUCACAACCUUGUCUGCCUCUCCUGGUACCAAGCCAGCAGCUCUUGAGUCAGAUUCGGAUGCAGACACAGAUGUGGAGGGGUCAGGCCAGAACGGAUCCAAACCAACUGACCUCAGAUUGGACAGUGAUACAGAUGUGGAGGAUAAGGAGGUAGACAUUGACGAGGCAGGUGAUGACCAGAUCCCUAAUUUAGGCGAAGAAAACGCAUCUCGGCUGAUGGUUCCUCUUCUGCAGAACUGCUCUACUCCUGUACAACUGUCAGAAGGAGAGGUGGAAAAUAUGGCUACUCAGGCUUUCGUAAGUCCCUCUUCAGUUCCAUUUAGGGGUGCUGCAGGCCCUGCUGUAAGACCUGUAGCAUUGUCAUCCUGCUCAGACAGCCAGGAGGAAGAGGACUUUCUGGUGGCUGAGACGCAGUCCUUCAUUCUUCAGACCCGAGAUUUCCAAAACAACCCUCCACAGGACCAUGCCAUGGACCCCACCCAAGCUUUUUGCCUUGAAACUUCUGAUGAUGAAACGGAUCAACCGUCCAGCAGAGACAGGUCUUUUCAGCUGGGAUUGUCUGAAAGCAGCCACCGACAGUGUCAGGCCCAAGCUCUAGCCAUGGAGAACACCCAGGCAUUUGUGGAAAGGAGUGUGAAUAUGGAAGAUACCCAAGCAUAUGCAAAUACCCCAACAGCAGAUAGAACCUUUGCAGACAAUGAUGCAAAUAUGGAGGCUACACAGGCCUAUGGAGAGGAUGAGGAGCCUGACAGAUGUCCUGAAAAAGAAGAUCGGACAGAUUUGGUUCUAGAAGCAACACAGGCAUAUAUUUCAAAGUCAGAAAGUGAUUCAGAGAAUGAGAUGGAUGAAGAUGAGAGCAAAGAUAUUACUGCUACUGCUGAGACUCAGCCUUUUGGCUUUACUACUUCAUGUACUCCUUCCAUGGCUGAAACCCAACCAAUAUCUGCCUUUGAGGAAGAGGAGAGUGUGGCAGAAGAGAGUGAGGAACAUAGGAAGACAAUUAAACCUCAGCAAAGAAUGUCUGGUGAAGUUUUAUCAGUAGCUCAAACUCAGCCCAUGAAUGCAUGUGGUAAUGAAGAAAGUGAUGAUGAAGAAGAGGAGCAGACACAGCCUCUCAUUGGUUCAGGUUUAUUAGGUGCUGAAACUCAGCCCAUGGCUACAAGUGAUGAUGAGGACUUAAUUCCAGGCCCACGAAAAAGAAGAGCGAAGCAACUGUCUGAAGAAGAGGGGACGCAAACACUCACAAACUCUGAGGUCUCUACAGUUGUAAUUCAGACAGUGGAUGCAGGUGAAGGUGGGGAAAGUGGUGAAGAAGAAGAGGAGCAGACACAGCCUCUCACUGGUGCAGGUUUAUUAGUUGCUGAAACCCAGCCCAUGCACGUUGGUUGUGCUGAAACUCAGCCCAUGGCUACAAGUGAUGAUGAGGACUGGAUGCCAGGCCCACAAAAAAGAAGAGCGAAGCAACUGUCUGAAGAAGAUGGAACGCAAACACUCACAAACUCUGAGGUCUCUGCAGUUGAAAUUCAGACAGUGGAUGCAGGUGAAGGUGGGGAAAGUGAUGAAGAAGAUAAGCAGACACAGCCUCUCACUGGUGCAGGUUUAUUAGUUGCUGAAACCCAGCCCAUUCACUUUGGUUGUGCUGAAACUCAGCCCAUGGCUGCAAGUGACGAUGACGACUUGAUGCUAGGCCCACGAAAGAGAAGAGCAGAGCAACUGUCUGAAGAAGAGGAGACGCAAACACUCACAAACUCUGAGGUCUCUGCAGUUGAAAUUCAGACAGUGAAUGCAGGUGAAGGUGGGGAAAGUGAUGAAGAAGACUCGAUUACAGUUUUUAGAGGAAGACGAGCAAAAGCACUGAAACUUGAGGAGACGCAAUCCCUCUCUGGUAGUCUAUGCUCCGAAACUCAGCCCAUGGGUGGAUGUGAGGGUGAGCAAAGUGACGAAGACGACUCAAUUCCUGGCCCACGAAAAAGAAAAGCAAAGCAACUUCUACUUGAAGAUGAGGACACACAGCCUCUCACUGUUGGAACUCAGCCAGUGGAAAUGGUUGAAGAUAAGGAAAGUAAUGAUGAGGACUUGUUUCCAGGUCCAAGAAAAAGAAAGGCAAAGGCUCUGCAACUUCAAGAGGAGGAGUCACAAACGCUUUCAAGUUCUGAGGUCCCUGCUGUUGAAAGUCAAGUGACACAAUCUGAAGCUGGAACCAGUGGAAUCAGUGUUAGAGAUAAACAAGGGUCAAGGGCAAGAAUAAGAGAGGAGGAAGAACAGACAGAGUGUUCAGAAUCUCCAAAGAGACAGACGAGAGGGAAGAGUAAAGCUUUGCCAACUACCAGAGGAAGAGGGGGAAAAUCCGGGCCUGAUCGGGAUGAAAGUGAGGUAGAGGAGGUAGAGCAGGGUAGGAGAACAAGGGGGAGAACGUUUACAAGGAAGCAGAAAGACGAUGAAGAAGAUGGAGAAAAGUGUGAAUUUGAAAGAAAUAAACCUGUUGAAAAUGGCAAGCGAAUAAAGAAAAAACUAAAAGGAUUGGGAGAGGAGAGAGAUGUUGCAGACGUAAGAGAUAAAGAGAGAAAAAAGAGGGAGAUAGAGGAAAUAGAGAGAUGUAUAAUGGAAGAAAAAAUCAAAAAAGAAAAUAAGGAAGAACAAGAAAGAUUGAAUGCUGAAAACAUAGAGAGGAUAAGACUCGAACAGGAAAAAGUAGAGAAAGCGAGACAGGAACAAGAAGAAAAGGAAAGAGCUGAUCGAAUACAAAAAGAGAAAGAACAGUUUGAGAAGAAAAGAGAUAAUGAUGAAAAGGAGAGAUUGGAACGUGAAAAGGCAGAACGAGAAGAGAGAAAGAAAUUGGAAAGGGAAAGAAAGGAGCAGGAAGAAAGAGAGAGAUUGGACAGAGAAAAGAGGGAAUUAGAAGAGAGACUUGAGAGGGAGAGGAGGGAAGAAGAACACCAAGAAAGACUGCAGAGGGAAGAAAAGGAAUGGGAAGAAAGAGAAAGACUGGAGAAAGAAAAAGAGGCCAAAGAACAACAAGAAAACAAAUCUAAAGUGCGUAUGAGAGGUCGAGGAGCAACGAAUAAAGCUACUACUGCUGCAUGUUCAACAGAGCAAGACUCAGCUAUAUUAGCAGAUGAUGAUGUCCCAGCGAGGAGAACCAGAUCUCGCUCCAACUCCUCUAACUCGAUCAGCUCUGAGAGAUCUGCGUCAAGUAUCAACACCCAGCAGGGCCGCGGGAGAGGUCGAGGCAGAGGAGCAAAAAGAACCAGCGAGCCACCUAAGACAGUCGUCGUCAGAAGCAGCAACAGGAGGAGGACGGUGGCUGCAGAGACAACAGAGCAGGACAGUAAUGAUAGCUGCAGUGUGAGAUCUCAAAGCAGAGGAAGAGGAGGCAGGCAGCGAGGAAGACCAAGGAUAACAGAGGCUGUGCCAGACUCUAUCCCUUCUAUCAAUAGUCAGAGUGAUCAGAAUUCUGCUCCCAAACCUGCAGCCAGAGGUAGGAAGGGCAGGAAAACUGAGCCAUCCUCUAGUGCAGUUCCUCAGGAAGAUGAUAAAGAGAAGGCAGACUCACAGCAUACUCGUACCACAAGGGGACAGCGCAGAGCCACGACAAACAUCUCUGAAUCAACUGCUGCAGACGAGGAUAAGCAGUCCAAUCAGGACGAAGGUCACGGCAGUGAGGAAUCACGUCUUCCUGAGAGGAAUGUCUGGGGCAGAGCCCAAAAAUCAGCAGCUUCUGCAGCCAGCAAUGGAGAUGAAGCGAAAGACAAAAGACAAGAAAGGAAGAGAGAGCUGGGGCCAAAUAAAGAGGAGGAUUCUCACAGUAGCGCCAACAUUUCUAAAGUAAAAGGGAAAGUCCAAGCAGUAGAGACAACACAGGAAGAAGGAAAAGAUGAAACUAAAGAUGAGAAUCCUGUCCAAGCUAAGAGGAGAGGUAGAGCAUCUAGUGCUCAAGUCAAGAGGGAUGCAAAGGAAUCUCCUUUUGAAGUAGAGGGGAAAAAUGUGAGUGAGAAAGUAGAGAUUGGUGAGAAGAGGGGCAGACGUCGACCAUCAGUCGUCCAGAAGAAUAGGAAAGAGGAGCAGGAAGAGAGUGGAACUUCUGCCAAUUCCCUGACACAGGAGGCUAAAGUACAGACUCCAGAGCCACAGACUCCGACCAGCAGAGUAUCCCGGAAGCGACAGGCUCCUGUGGACUCCUCCCCUGUGGCAAAGACUCCUCGCUCCUCCUUGUCUUCCCCUGCAGCUAGAGGUCGACUACAAGCUGCGAGUCAGGCCUACAAAGUGCUGUUCACAGGCGUGACAGAUGAAGCUGGGGAGAGAGUGCUGGCUCGUCUUGGAGGCAACAUGGCUAAAGGUGUGGCAGACAUGAACUGCCUGGUGACUGAUAAAGUGCGCAGGACUGUCAAGUUCCUUUGUGCUGUGGCCAAAGGAAUCCCAAUUGUCACCACAUGCUGGUUGGAAAAGAGCGGUAAAGCUGGGAGCUUCCUGUCACCUCAUGCUUUUGUUGUGAAGGAUCCGGAGCAGGAGAAGAAGUUUGGUUUCUGCCUGCAGACUUCUCUGACAGUUGCCAGCAGUCACACUCUAUUACAGGGAUAUGAGAUCCACGUUACAAAAUCAGUUAAGCCGGAGCCAGCUCAAAUGAAAGACAUUAUCUGCUGCAGUGGAGCAACAUUUCUCCCCAAGAUGCCCUCUUCUCACAAGCCUCAGACUGUAGUGAUUUCCUGCGAGGAGGACUGGUCGCUGUGCGGCCCGGCCGUGUCUUCAUCCCUCCGUGUCGUCACUGCCGAGUUCAUUCUCUCAGGAAUCCUUCAGCAGAAAGUUGACUUUCAAACACACGCACUCUCUGCUCCUGUCACUAAUGCAGGAGGCAGAGGAAGGGGCAGGAACAAGACAUAGCAUCAAUACAGUCAUGCACUUUCACAGCAUAUGUCAGUAAAUCUGCGUAAGUGUGUGCGGUCUUAUCUGUAGAUACCCUUUCAAACCAGAGACCUCUUGAAGCACUAGUGAGUCAGCUGUUUGCCUCUAUUAAACACUUGAAGAAUGUUUUUGUCAAAAGGUGAUUGUACAUAAAUGUAAAGACAUUUUGUAUAUAACAGAGUGAUGUGUGAAGCUUAACAAAGGGACAGGUGUCUCAGAUUUUAAUGUUUCAAAAAUGUACUCUCGGUAUACGUCUUCCCCUGCAGGUUUUAAAAUGAUUAUCGCUGAGAGUGAUGUUGCUCCUUCAAAUUUAGGGUCCUUGUGGCUCUCUUCCUCCUGUGUGUUCCGCCUCUCCCUUUAUACAACAAAUAGAGCAGGAAUUAACACGGCUAAAUUGCUGCUGCUCAGUGUGCUAAGUGCUUAAACUUAAUCAGCCUUUUUGGCAGGUGACCAACCAUGAUGCAGGGAGUUUUAUAAAUCAUGUUGGGAUGGUGGAACAUUCGAACCGAUGGGAUGUGUUUAGAAAUCCAUCAGCUAAAGCGUCCAGAUGAUGGAAAAAAAAAAGCUUGUUUUCCCUGAUAAGAAGUGCAUAUAGUGCCUUCUACAUCUUAGUAAUCAUGAACUACCAGUGUAUUUGUUGUUCCUAUGUCUCCAUUAACCACCACCACCUACUCCAUUAAGGCCUCGUCCAAUCCUAUUACCUCCACAGAUGAGAUAUAUGCACCCGAAUGCUGAUGCUGCCUCUACAUCAAUAUCUUAUGAUGUUUGUCCUUGCCGUGCAUUCACCUACUGUCUCUUUACCUUUUAGCAUGCAGCUUUGAAGGUAUGUUGUAUUUGUAUUGUAAAUGUCAUUGGUGUUUUAAAAACAGACUCAUUAGCUCUAGUUUUUUGAGCUUUUGCCAACUAAUAUCAUGACAUCAGUCUGUACUGUCAAUGAAAAUAUUAAAUACUUCCUUUGCCUUUAA